UUAAGAAGGGGAGCCGCAGGCGGCCCUGGUGACGCUCACGUGACUCGGCUCUGUGCAACUGCUGGCGGAAGUGGUCCAGCCUCUGCGACCCGAGCGGGGUCUCUGGGCGCCCCGCGGGGCGUGCAGGCCUGAGCGGGCGCCGCCGGGCUGCCCCGGAGCCGGUGGUCAGGAUGGUGCAGCUCUACAACCUGCACCCAUUCGGGUCGCAGCAGGUGGUGCCCUGCAAGUUGGAGCCCGAGCGGUUCUGCGGCGGAGGACGCGACGCGCUCUUCGUGGCGGCAGGCUGCAAGGUGGAGGCAUUCGCCGUGACCGGACAGGAGCUGUGCCAGCCGAGGUGCGCCUUCUCCACGCUAGGCAGGGUGCUGUGCCUGGCCUACAGCGAGGCGGGAGACUAUUUGGCAGCAAUUGAAGAGAAAAACAAAGCUACGUUUUUACGUGCAUAUGUGAACUGGAGAAGUAAAAGGACUGAAAACUGUCGCGUGUGUAUCCGAAUGGUUGGACAUAAUGUGGAGGCACCCUUCAGUGACACCUACAAAGACCAGAUGUCUAUUAUUGAAAUGCCGCUUUCUGAGGCCCCCUUGUGCAUCUCCUGUUGCCCAGUAAAAGGAGACCUUCUUGUUGGUUGCACCAAUAAGUUAGUCUUGUUUAGUUUGAAGUAUCAGAUCAUUAAUGAAGAAUUCUCAAUAUUGGACUUCGAACGUUCUUUAAUUAUACACAUAGAUAAUAUCAUUCCUGUUGAAAUUUCUUUUUGCGUUGGUUUUGUUGCUCUCAUGUCAGACUUAGAAGUCUUAAUCCUAAAACUGGAGUCAGACCCUAAAAAUGGAGAGAGUGUCAACCACCAGCCACAUAAGACCGACAAUCCAAUGAAACAGACAGAAGAUGUCAGUCAUGAAACUUUGCAGCUUGAGUCAGAUGACUUUGUUAUCUGUCAAAAGCCCAUGGAACUUCUCGGUGAAAAAAGUAGCCAAUCUGGAGUAUCCGUUACACUGGAGUCAACGGGAUUAGCUGAUGAAAAAACAAAAUAUUACCACGUUCAGCACCUGCUCUAUAAACGUUUUGCUCCUGAUAUUUCGCUCUGUGUCUUUUCUGAUGACGUCAAGUUACAUUCACUUCAGCUGCUACCUAUUUACCAAACAGGUUCCCUUACUUCUGGUAGAAAAAAAUUGUCUCAGGAAAAAGAGUUGCUGAGUCUCUUCUGUUUUUUCUCAUUACCUCAUGUGGGCUAUCUGUACAUGGUUGUCAAAUCUGUUGAAUUAAUGUCAGUUUACCAGUAUCCUGAGAAGUCUCAGCAGGCGGUGCUCACACCACAAUUUUUACAUGUCAUCGCAAGCAACAACCUACAGUGUUUCACAGUGCGGUGCAGUGCGGCGGCAGCUCGUGAGGAAGACCCAUACGUGGACACCACCCUGAAGGCUUGCCCACCUGUCAGUAUGGAUGUCUGUGCUUUAAGAAUACAGCUUUUCAUAGGCUUGAAAUCCAUUUGUCACUUUAAAAACCACCUGAUACUUUUGACCAAGGCAGACCCUGAGGCCAUUCCAGAGAGAAGAGAAUCACCCAAGAGGCUUCUUUCUAGAAAAGGAACCAGUGGUAAGCUUAAAACACCUCCUGUAGCUGAGGCUGGGUGGAAUUUGUAUAUUGUGGAUACGAUCUCACCAGUGCAACUGUACAAAGAAAUGGUAGACUACAGUAAUACCUACAAGACUGCAAAAACCCAGAGCUGCAUCCACCUUCUUAGUGAGGCUCAUCUGUUAGUGAGGGCUGCCUUGAUGGAUGCCAAUCAGUUGGAACCUGGAGAAAAAGCAGAGCUUUUGGAAGCAUUUAAAGAAAGCUGUGGGCACCUUGGAGACUGCUACAGCAGGCUUGACACCCAGCAUUCCCACCUCGCCUUGCCAUACUAUAAGAUGUCUGGUUUGUCUAUGGCUGAAGUUCUAACCCGAGCAGACUGGGUACUAGAGGAUGGAUCACAGAAAUACGAGAGGGGAUUAAUCUUUUACAUUAAUCAUUCACUUUAUGAAAACCUGGAUGAAGAAUUAAGUGAAGAAUUAGCAGCAAAAGUGGUCCAGAUGUUCCACGUGGCUGAGCCAAAGCAACUGCCGCAUAUUCUCUGUAGUCCUUCUAUGAAGAAUAUUAAUCCUUUAACUGCCAUGAGCUACCUAAGCAAGCUGGAUACUUCUGGGUUUUCAUCGAUCUUAGUGACAUUGACCAAAGCAGCAAUGGCUCUGAAAAUGGGAGAUCUUGACAUGCACAGAAAUGAAAUGAAAAGCCAUCCAGAGAUGAAAUUGGUAUGUGGCUUCAUUCUGGAACCUCGACUAUUGAUUCAACAGAGGAAGGGACAGAUUGUUCCAACUGAGCUUGCAGCACACUUGAAGGACACUCAACCUGGACUGCUUGUGGCUUCAGUUCUGGGCUUACAGAAGAACAACAAAAUUGGAAUUGAAGAAGCAGAUUCCUUCUUUAAGGUGCUUUGUGGUAAGGACGAAGAUAUCAUUCCUCAGCUCUUGGUAGACCUUUGGGAAGCUCAGCUCAUAGCAGGUCUUCCAGAUGUGGUUCUCCAGGAACUCUUUUUUAAGCUCACAUCGCAGUACAUCUGGAGAUUAUCCAAGAGGCAGCCCCCUGACACCAUACCAUUGCGAACAUCAGAGGAUCUGAUUAAUGCCUGUAGUCAUUAUGGCUUAAUCUGUCCAUGGGUUAAUGUCUUAAUAUCAUCCGAUUCCUUAGCGGAUAAAAGUUAUACAGAAGACCUUUCAAAAUUACAGUCUCUUAUAUGUGGUCCUUCAUUUGACAUAGCUUCCAUUAUUCCAUUCCUGGAGCCACUCUCGGAAGAUAAUAUCGCUGGCCUCAGUGUCCAUGUUCUGUGUCAGACACGUUUGAAAGAGUAUGAACAGUGUAUAGACACACUGUUAGAAAGAUGCCCAGAGGCGAUCAUUCCAUAUGCUAAUCACGAGCUGAAAGAAGAGAAUCGGACUUUGUGGUGGAAAAAACUGCUGCCUGAACUUUGUCACAGAAUAAAAUGUGGUGGAGAGAAAGGUCAGCUUUACCUGUCAUCAUUAAAAGAAACGUUGUCAGUUGUUGCUGUGGAGCUGGAACUGAGGGAUUUCCUGAAUGUCCUUCCAGAAGAUGGCACUGCAGCAUUUUUCUUGCCGUAUCUUCUUUAUUGCAGUCGAAAGAAAUCAUUGACUUGAAGGUAUCAUUUGAAAAAUACCACAAUGCCAUAGAAGACUGACUUUUAAAAACAACUGAAUGUCCAGUAAAAAUGUAAAUAAAGGAUUUUCAAAUCGAAUAUGUGCAUUUGUUGCAGAUGCUUUCAGGCUGCUUACGUUUCCAUGAAGUGGUAUUAUUAGUUUGGUACUUUAUGACCUGCAUCCAGAAUGUAAAAAAAAAAAGCUACAAAACUUAAGAAUUUUCUCAAAGAAGGCAUAUGUUUUUAGAAGUAGACACUGACUUUUAUUCCAAGGAACAUCAAAUCAGUGUUGUUAGAGAAGUGACAAUCUUUUUCACCCCAGAAACACAAAGAAACAUUUGGUGGGUAUGUUUGAAAGAAUGUCACUCCAAGUGGUCCAGAAUUUAUUCUUCUUGAUUUUUCCAGAUAUCUCAAUUAGGUCUCUUCUUCUUCUCCUCCUCCUCCUUCUUCUUCUUGAAUAAUUUUCUUUGAGAAAGAGGUUAAUGUUUUCCCACAGUAAGAUUUCAAAUUUUACUUUUUUGUUACUUUUUAAAACUCAUGCUGUGGUUUCUCCCUGAAUCAAUGAAGUAGAAAUUUACAAAGUUAAUUGUCUUAUUGUCUGGCCAUUAACAUAAUUUGUUGGAUGCAUGUUUUUCAGCCAAAGCCUUGUUUCUGUUUUUUUAUUGGUGUGCUUUUGCUCUUUUAGCUAGAGUAUAUGUGAAAAUAAAGAAAUAUACCAUUGUAUUCACAGUUGUGUCUUCUUUUUUAGCCUCUUAUUAAACAAUUUUGAGUCCAAGUUCAGCUCAUUGAUAAUGUGCUUUGACUUUACUUAAGACUGGCCAAAAGCUACUCACCCAGCAUCUGCCACAACUGUAUUUUGAAACUUUUCUCCUGAUGUUAGUGUUCAUCUUUACCAGGAUUUAAUCUGUAGAAUUGUCAAUUUUGCCUUUCUCCAGUUCCAGAUUAUUCUCCUUUUGACCGUCUCUUCAAGGGUUCACAAAAUCCAGAUAGAUAGGCAUUAUUUUAAUUUUUUAUUUUACCUUGUUUUAUUUCAUCUUAAAAAUUUAUUUUAUUUAAAAAAUUUAAUUUUUAAUUUAUUAUUAUUUUAAAAUAAUUUUUUACUUUCUCUACA